AACCCUGCCUUGCUCCGCUGGGCCUACGCCAGGUCGCACAAUGUGUACCCGACCUUCCGCCCGACGCCCAAGACGUCCUUCCUGGGAGCUGUUUUCGGCAUAGGCCCCAUCCUGUUCUGGAUGGCUGUCUUCAAAAUGGACAGGGACCGUAGGGAGAAGCUUAUCCAAGAAGGUAAAUACGAGCGACCAUUCAGUGUGUUCUAA